GACCGAGCCGCCAUAUUGUGUAUGCAGCGCGGGUCGGUGGCGCGUGUAUAUGGGUCUUUCGUGAGAAUUUUCUCUCUCUCGUUAAACGAUAGGGGUGCAUGAAUCCACUUACCUGGCUAACCGGGCACAUCGCGCGCGCACAAUGGAUCCGUCUAAAUUGAAAGUGGUAGAGUUACGAGCCGCGCUGGCCGAGCGCGGUCUCGACACCAAGGGCAACAAGCCAGUGCUCGUCGAGCGGCUACGCAAGGCGCUGGAGGAGGAGGAGGAGAAGGAGACGACGACACAAGAGUUUGGUCAAGAAAGAGCUUCGUAUACAGAGAAUAUAGAUGACACAGGUGUUAAAGAAACACAAGAAACAAUUGCGGAAGCCGCAAGAUCUGUACAACCACCGAGGACACCUAGUAGAGCGUCUAGGAGUUCUUCCAUGGUGACUCCUACAAAAGUUUCUACGAGAAACGCAUUAAGGACGGCUACAACUCCAAAUUCUUCAAAGCAAUCUACUCCGAGCAAACUUCAGUAUACUGAGAAAUCGUAUGAAACAUUACCGAUAAUAACAGAGUCUAUUUCUGAGGAACAUGUAGUACAACAAGAAGAAAUAUCAAAAUGGUCCCCUGAAAAGCUUGAAGAGAAACAAGAAGACAAUGCGUCAAAUAUUAUUCAGAACAAGAUUCAUUCACCAUUGUCUGUAAAAUCUCAGGAGGAAGAAGCAAAACAUGUUAAUAUUUUAGAAGAUAAUAAGUAUGAAGCAAAUGUUCUCCAAGUACCUGUGACAGAAUCAUCUGAAAAAGCUAGUACAAUUGCAUGUGUAGAUCGAUUUUCUAUACCUCAAGAAGAGCAUGAAACAAAACAAUCUAGUAUAGAUGAAGUUUACAAAGUUCAGAAACAAUCUGUAGGAACAAAAAGCCUAGAUGAGAAAACAGAAAUUAAGGAAGACAUUAAUGUCGAUAAAGUGCAAGACACUUCCGAAAAAGAUAUUGAAAAUAAAAUUUCAGUUGAACAAGAGGAUGUAAGUUAUAGAGAUGAUACAUAUAAUGAUAAGAAUACUUUAAACAUUCCAAAAGUUGAACAACCACAUGUGAUACCUGAUCAGGUAGACGAAACAAAUAAUAUCGAGUUAAAAGAUGAAGAAAAAACUACUAAUGACAAUUAUACAGUACAAGAUGAAGCAAUGGACGUUUCUGUUAAUAUAGAAGAUGAAGAUGAGAAAACAGAUAAUAUUCCACAAGAUGAACAGAUUAUAGAAAUGUCUGAAAAAAAGCAAGAAGAUGCAAGCAAGUUGAAUGCAGAAAAAUCAAAUAAAAAAGAAUACAAUGACAGGAAAAGGAAAAGAUCUCCUAGCCCAGUGGAAGUCUAUCAGGCAUCUCCUGUACCACAGAAGGGAGAAGAUGAACCAGAUUUUGAUGAAUCAGCUAUGAUCUUAUCUUGGUAUGAUUCCGACUUGAAUUUAGUUAUCGACAAAGAAGGAUUUCUCUCUGCCACACCUAUGCAUAACGGUGAUUUCUGUCACAUAUGGGCUGGUGCAAGAGCAUCUCAUGGUUUCAUAAAUGGGAAAGUAUACUAUGAAGCCAAAAUUACAGAGCAUCAUUCUUCUGUCACAAAAGACGAGAAGUAUGUGCUCAGAAUUGGUUGGUCAGUUCCCUUCACAUCCAUGCAACUUGGCGAAAAGGGAUUGAGUUACGCGUAUACGAGUGCCGGGCAAAAAGGCACUGACGGAAAGUUCACGGAUUAUGGCUCGCGAUUUGGCAAGGACGAUGUUGUGGGAUGCUACCUCGAUAUGACGCCCGAGAAUACCGUAGAAUUGUCUUAUACAGUGAACGGCAAAAAUCUCGGGUCCGCAUUUAGCAUCUCCAAAGAGGAGCUCGGCGACAGACCGUUGUUUCCACAUAUUCUGAGCAAAAACUGUACGUUUGUCUGCAAUUUCGGGCAAGAACAGGGGUGGUGCGAACAAAUUCCGGAUUAUAUCGUAAUAGGUAACGUAGAAUCAAAGGACAGAAUCGCCGGUCCGCGUAGACCGGACGCAAAAGCACACUGCGAAGUGAUAAUGAUGUGUGGUUUGCCUGAGGCGGGAAAAACUACCUGGGCGAGGAAACACGCAGCCGACCAUCCAGAUAAAUUGUAUAAUAUCUUAGCGCUGCACAACUUAGUUGAAAAAACAGGAGACGUUGCUCUAUCAGAUCAAGAAAAAAAUUGUCGGCGAGAAGUUAUUAUUGAUAAGUGCAAUCGCGCGCUCGAUCAACUGAUCGAUGUGGCAAGUGGCAGAAGACGUAACUAUAUAUUAGAUCAGAAGAACAACGUGUAUUCUUCUGUACAAAGACGUAAAAUACGAAAUUUCUGCGAAUAUCAACGAAAAGCGGUCGUUGUCAUACCAACGGAUGAAGAGUAUAAUCAACGUUUGUCCGCACACAAUGCAAUCGAAGGAGAUGUCUCAGAGUCUGAUCUUAAGGAAAUGAAAGCAAAUUUCACUGCACCUUCGGUGGGAGAGAACUUUGACGCAGUGGAAUGGGUCGGACUUGAUGAAGAAGAUGGUAAGAAGCUCAUCGAGAAAUAUAACAAGGAGGGUAAAGAGGCCGGAUUUGGUCAGCAAUCGUCUACGGCAAAACGACCGCAUCUUGACAAGACUGAGGCUAGUAACAGAGAAACGCGCGAUUCGCGGAACAAUCGAGACACGCGAGAUCAUCGAAGAAAUAAUUAUCAAGACAGAGGUCGUAACCCACCUUGGCGCGGUCCUAAUAUGGGAGGUUGGAGAGGAGAAAGACCGCAAAGAGGUGGAUAUAUGAGGCAUAGUGGUGGUUAUGGACAUCCUCAUACCCCAUGGAGGCUCCGAGGACGAGGUGGACACGCAAUGAUACGAGGAGUCGAUAGAAGAGUUGGCAAUGUUGAUAGGAGAUCAGGAAAUGAUAGAAACCGAUCUGUCGUACCCAGACAAGGAAGUUGGGGUCCUGUGAGUGGGAGUUAUCAAGGAUCGCAGCAGUCCGGUUGGGGUCAGCAGGACAAUUGGUCGAGUAAUCAAACCCAAGGUAAUUGGAAUCAGCAAAGUACCUGGGGUCAGCAACAAUGGGCAGGUGGUUGGAAAGGAUACGGUCAAAGCACAUACAGUCAAGCAGGAUACAAUCAACAGGGAUAUGGCAAUGGUAGUAAUUGGAACAACUGGAAUCAGCAGUAUUACAACAACCAGUAUUGGGGCCAGCAACAACAGGGUGGUCAAACCACUGCAGCUGGCAGCCAAGCUGAGAUUACAAGUGAAAUGAUUGCAUCGACUUCUACCAACAUGGGAGCAGAAUAUAGUUAUUUGCAACAAUAACAAAGUCUUAUGCACGAAUGAAUUACCUGCUCACAAAGUACUGCAAUCAUCACGCAAGUUUCAUUCAUAUAUAUAUAUAUA